GUUUAAUCUAUGAAACAUGAUAACGUGUCAAGACGUAUAUGUCAAAUGAAGUUUUAGGUUAGAAAAUUCUUCUUAUUAGAGUUGUAGCUGUUAGCACAUUUUAUAGCACUACUCAUAAAGUCAUGGCUGAAACUGCUACUGAAAAGUUAUCAAAAAAGUGAGUAUUGUGUGACUAAAAAUGUUUGCCCUGAAGAACUUAUGUACCUUAUCUUUAAAAACUAACAAUUUGAUCAACCGAUGCGCCAAUCUGUCGUCUGCAGUCAGCAAACGUGAAUUGAAGAGGCGAUUGAAAGCCGAACAAAAACUGAAAGAAAAGGCAGAAAAAGCCGCUCAGCUUCCAACUCCUGCAGCUGAAAAAAAGUCAUCUACUAAAGCUGAGGAGGAGAUCAGUCCUAAUGAGUAUUACAAGCUGCGAACUGCAGCUGUUGCAGCUCUUAAAGAAGGAUCUAAAGAUGACCACCCAUAUCCUCACAAAUUUCAUGUUACAAUAUCUUUAGAAGAGUUUAUCGAAAAGUACAAUAAUGUUAACAGUGGUGAAGUUCUUGAGAAUGUUACACUGUCUGUGGCUGGUAGAGUUCACUCUAUUAGAGAAUCCGGAGCCAAACUCAUUUUCUAUGAUUUAAGAGGUGAAGGUGUGAAAAUUCAGGUUAUGGCUAAUGCUAAAAUGUAUGAAUCUGAAGAAAAGUUUGUAACCGAUACAGACAAACUGAGAAGAGGUGACAUCAUUGGAUGUGUUGGUCAUCCUGGCAAGACAAAGAAGGGUGAACUGUCCAUUGUACCAAAAAGUAUUAAGUUGCUAUCUCCAUGCCUACAUAUGCUGCCUCACUUACACUUUGGUCUUAAGGAUAAAGAAACCAGGUUUAGGAAAAGAUAUUUAGAUCUUAUUUUAAAUGAUAGGGUAAGACAAACUUUCUACACAAGAGCUAGAAUCAUUGCUUAUGUAAGGAGAUUCUUGGACAACCUUGGUUUUCUUGAAAUUGAAACUCCAAUGAUGAAUAUGAUUCCUGGUGGAGCCACAGCUAAGCCAUUCAUUACACAUCACAAUGAUCUCAACAUGGAUUUGUACAUGAGAAUAGCACCUGAACUGUACCACAAGAUGCUAGUCGUUGGAGGUCUGGACCGUGUCUAUGAAAUAGGCAGACAGUUCCGGAAUGAAGGUAUUGACUUGACUCACAACCCAGAGUUCACAACUUGUGAGUUCUACAUGGCAUACGCAGAUUACAAUGACCUCAUCAGUAUAACUGAAACUAUGCUAUCUGGAAUGGUGAAAAGUAUUCAUGGUACUUAUAAAGUAAAAUAUCAACCGGAUGGACCAGAAGGUGAAGAAGUAGAGAUAGACUUUACCCCUCCAUUUGCUAGAGUGCCUAUGAUUGCCAGCUUAGAAAAGGCACUGAAUGUCAAAUUUCCACCAGCUGAUCAAUUAGAUUCAGCAGAAGCUAACCAAUUACUUAGCCAGUUGUGUGAGAAGCAUGAAGUUGAAUGUCCACCCCCAAGAACAACAGCAAGACUUCUAGACAAAUUGGUUGGAGAAUUUCUUGAAGAGAAAUGUAUAAAUCCUACAUUUAUAUUGGACCACCCUCAGAUCAUGAGUCCCUUGUCCAAGUACCAUAGGGAUAUCCCUGGUUUAACAGAAAGAUUUGAACUUUUUGUAAUGAAAAAAGAAAUCUGCAAUGCAUACACAGAGUUGAAUGAUCCUGCCACCCAGAGAGAGAGGUUUGAACAGCAAGCCAAAGAUAGGGCAGCUGGUGAUGAUGAAACCCCACCUACUGAUGAAGCCUUUUGCACUGCUCUGGAAUAUGGUUUGCCUCCUACAGCUGGAUGGGGCUUGGGUGUUGACCGGCUUACAAUGUUCUUGACGAAUUCAAACAACAUUAAAGAAGUACUGCUGUUCCCAGCUAUGAAGCCAGAUGACCCAAAUAAACACAAUGCCGAUGGAGAAAAUGCUUCGGCUGAACCUCCAGUUCAAAAUGGAGCUUGAAUAACUAUUUAUUUAAAUGGUUGAUUGCGUGUAAUGCCUUCAUGUUAUACUAACUCUGAUUUUCUUUUAAAUAAUAAAUAAUGUUAUAUCACAAUGUUUUGGUUUUAAAUGAAGAGAUAACAGUACAUAAUAAUUAAUUUUAUUAUUAAAUAAUAUAUAAAAUUACCAGAAAUGUUGACACAAACUAUUAUUUACAUGUACUUCAGUAAUUAAAUGCGUUGUAAUGACAUGGCAUGGACUUACAACUUUAAUAAGAGCCUGAUAUUGUUCUAUCAGAUACACAUCAUACCUACAUCUUUAAGUUAACAUGAUCCAACUUCAACUUCUCCUUGAACAGUUGAGUUAUAAUGUUCCCCUAGUCCAUACAUAUGUCUAUGAUAUGUUAUUAUUAGGGGUGGUUUCUCAUAUUCAUCUCCUUGAUCAAUAGAACCUGGUCCAGUUGCCUGAAUAAUUGUAAUUGGACAUUGCAAAGAAUUAGACAAUGCUCUAACCUCCAGCUGACCACCCCACACUUUAGUAUUUUCAAGCUUUUCACAAUAUUCCUCAAAUUCUUCAUCAGUUAACAUUUCGAAUGUGUCAGGAUUCGUCAUAAAUGGAAGAAAGUCACCUUUAUUUUGCCUUAUGUAUUUUGCAGCACUGACUCUCAAUUCAUCUACAGAUACAUCUUUUUUUUUGAUGAUUGCCAAUUGAUGAGAGAUAGCUUUAUACAAACAGUCACCAUCUGACGGUAUCAUGAAUAUUUUAAGUCCUCUUACUUUCAAUUUGUUGUUUAUUUCUUGUAAUUCAAUAUUUCUUGGACCAUGUCGAUUUUCCUGUUCUUGUUGCUUUAUUAGUUCAUCUCGCUCUUUUUCUUGCUGUAAUUUCUUAUCUCUACGUUUUUGAGCUUUAGAAAUUUUUACAUUUGUUAAUUCAUUUUCUACAUUAUUGAGAACAGUAUCUGUUUCUUCUUUGACGUUUUUAUUGGCUGUAUCAAUUUCUUGCUGAUGCCUAGUAUCCAUUUCAGUUUCUAACCUUAAUAUUUCUGCUGUUAACUCUUUUCUUUUUGUCUUAUCAUUUUUUGCGGCUUUUUUUAACGCCUGUAUCUGUGCUUGUAGUUCCUUCUUUUCUUUGCGGUGUUUGCUUUCUAGGACCGCUAAUUCAUUUUCUUCUGUAUCCAUUUUCUAAUUAGGUAUGAAAAUUAUUUAUAUCAAAUAUUUUAAUCGGAUGAAUUGAUGUCUUGAUGAUUUUUAGAACUUGCCUGAUGCCCUGCUUCUGCUUAUAAUUUCGCUUUUGGAUAACUCAA